CCAGGGCGGUACGGUGCGUUUGGCCGCGGUGCAUGGGGAGUCCGUGACGUGCAUCCCAACCAAGAUGGCGGGCUGGGUGAAAGUUGUGAAGCUGGAGCGGCCGGGAGGGACCGGGAUUUACGGCUUCUCGGUGAUCGGGGGGCCGGGAACCGAGGUGCCGCUGUGCAUCGGCGCCGUGAUAGAGGGAUCGCCGGCCGACUACAGCCGCCAGAUCCAUGUGGGAGAUGUGAUCCUGGAAGUGGAUGGCAGACCGGUCCACGGGCUCUCCAAAGAUGAAGUUCUAAACCUGGUGCAGAAUUCCAACGAAGAUGUUGUCUUGGCCCUACGAGAGGAUCCGGAUGUAAGAGACAAGGCUGAGGAACUGCUGUCCCAGCUGCCGCCCCCCCGCCCGGCGACCCCCCACACCCCGCCCCCCCCAGCCUACGAGCCACUGCCCCACCUGGGGUACGACGGGAUCCCGCCCGAGAUGGCGUCCGACGAGCGCCACGCGCGCCACGAACACCACCACCACCGGUCUGGCAGCAAGAAGCUGCACCACGGCCAGCGGGCCAAGUCAGAGGGGGAGGGGAAAUGUCUCUCGACCGCAAACACGCCGGUUCACAACAACACGGAGCCGGCCAUGCCACCAGAGGAACCGCCUGUGGUGACGCGUAACCCGCGUCUGGGAGACAUCCAGUCCAAACUGCACAGCUCCAUGCCUCUGUUGGACAUUUACUCCUCCAGCAGGUCGAAGUCGUUCGACCACAGAUACUGCUGCGACCAGACGGACUCGCGCGAGGGCUCGCCAACGCAGACGCCGCAGGACGGAAAACCCGGGAAGGUCGUAGGUCAGCUGACGUUCGACGUGAGCCUUCCGAACGCGUCGCCGAGGAUAGAGUCGGGAACGAAAAGCCCGAGCGCGGACCAGCUGCUGUACUCGGCGCAGCGGAGUAACUCCUUACAGCCCCACGCACAGCUGGAACAGAAAAAGUCAAGCAGCCUGGACGUGUUAGGUACCGGUGCGGAGGCCAGACUACAGGGUCGGUCCCCCUCCCACAUGCUGGUACGGCAGGCGAAGGUGGAAGGUGAGGAGGAGAAGGCUCUACAGGCUCAGCAGCAAAACCUGGAGCAGAAAUCCGACAGGUUUCUGUCCGUGAAGGAUGUGGAGAAGCCGCCGAUCGCGGUGAAGCCGCAGCGUUCAUUCGACAGGCGAGCGCCCGGACGGCACGCGGCCGAGCGGGAACACAUGUACGUGCAGCGAGGCUACAGCUGCGAAGCCGCCCCACCGCGGCCGCCCCGCCCGGACCCCCCCACCAGAACUGUCUCUGUCGACGUGCACAAAAAACGGGAGAAGGAGAGAGACGGCACGCAAACUUACGUGAAUCUCGAACACUCGCCGUCGAAAACGCGUCCGGGCGCGCACACCUUACGGAGACUCGAGGGACUGAAGUCGCCGGAAAAAUCUUCCGAGAGCAGCUCGGGUUUUUCGGAGGCCACGACGCCCACCAUGCACGUAGUUAGAGAAACGGUCAUCAACGGGGUCGACCCCCAAACUGGGACGGCCACGAGCGAGAGGAUAGUCACGGUGAUGCAUGACGGACACGGGCUGGCCACGCAUCACAACCCACUCUACCAGCAGCCACCCCAGCCUCCUUUGUGGUCCCCUUGGCCGCCCCAGCCGCCUCCGUGGCUGCAGCUGCCGAUCCGCCCGCGCAGCAUGGAGGACCCGACCUCGCACGACCUCCCGCGGAGCUACUCGGAGGCCGCCACAUUACCGCGUGACGCCGCGCUGCUCGCACGAGACUACGCGGAAAUUGACGACGACGACAUACCGGACAUCGAGGAGAAAGAUGAGAGGAAAGACGAGGAUGAUGAUAGUGACAGUGACGGGGAAGAAAAGGGGGUUUACGAGUCGCGCGCCUGGUCGGAUUCGGACUCGGACGUGGACCUGGCGCUCGACAGGGAACCCGGGAGUCCGAAGAAAGUGGACAUUCCGUCGGCCAAAAGGCUGGCGAAGAGACUUUAUAACUUGGACGGGUUUAAGAAGUCGGAUGUAGCGAGACAUCUUAGUAAAAAAAAUGAGUUUAACCGCCUGGUGGCGCAGGAGUACCUGGCGCACUUUGACUUCAGCGGGCAUCAACUGGACAUCGCACUUAGGACAUUUUUGAAGGCAUUUUCUCUAACGGGAGAGACCCAGGAGAGGGAACGAGUCCUGAUGCACUUCUCCCACCGCUACCACGAGUGUAACCCUGCCAUGUGCGGGUCUGAAGAUGCUGUUCACACGCUCACGUGUGCAUUGAUGCUCCUGAACACGGAUCUACACGGACAGCACGGCGGGAAGAGGAUGACUCUGACAGCCUUCAUCGACAACCUGUCCGGACUGAACGACGGAAACAACUUCAACAAGGACACUCUCAAGGCGUUGUAUCACUCCAUCAAGUCUGAACCUAUCGAGUGGGCUGUUGAUGAAGAAGAGAAGGAGGGAGCAGCAGCAAACAAGACUGGCAAUGAAUCUACAUCUUCUCCAGGAAUCGGAGACAAUCCUUUCUUAGACGUUCCACGCGACCCCAACGCUGUGACCUUCAAGCAAGGCUUCCUCCUCAGGAAGUGCACGGUCGAGGCCGAUGGGCGCAAAACACCUCUUGGCAAGCGGGGCUGGAAGAUGUUCUACGCUUCCUUAAAGGGGCUCAUACUCUUCAUGCACAAGGAGGAGUACAGAUACGAGCGUCAAGUGUACACUGAAGACAUUAGGAACUCUAUCAGCAUUCACCACUCCUUGGCCAGCAAGGCCACUGACUACAAGAAAAGGCCCAAUGUCUUCAGAUUACGCACGGCCGAGUGGAGGAUUUUUCUGUUCCAAGCCAGUGACCAGGAAGAAAUGCAGGACUGGAUGACGAUGAUCAAUCUGGCCGCAGCUUCCCUGUCAUCUCCACCACUUCCCGCUGCCAUUGGCUCCCAGAAAAAGUUCCGAAGACCAGUCAUGCCCGUGGCACCGACAAGGCUAACUCCUACAGAACAACUACAGCACCAUGAGAACAAGGUGCAGUCCCUGGAACAGGAGCUAGCGGAACACCGGCAGUACGCGCCAGACAAGCGCGCCAGGUCACACGUCAUUCGGGAGUGGCACGAGAAGCACAACUACCUGGAGUUUGAGAUAACCAGAUUUAAGACGUACGUCUACUUGCUCCAGUCCAAGAUCGCGCAAGACGAGGAGACCGCCAUGAUGCGCCCCAUCAGCGGGACCACCUCCAUGCCGACCGGAUUCAACCAGACAGGCGAGACCAGGAGGGAGGGUCUGAAGAAGUCCCACUCGACCGUCUCCACCCGCCAGAGGCCACCCAAAGUGCACCGCAGCAUGUCCGACCGCUACAGCUACCGCCAGGCCAUCAUGAACAGUAACCCAGACGGCCCCUAGCAACCCUCGCCUAGCAACAGCAUCACCGCGACAACCAGGCCGGAACAUAGCAACCGAUGAUGUAUGAUAUAGAGUAGGACUUUGGUCAGGACGCCGGCCGUUUCUCCUGUUGGAAAUGCCGCGUGCUGACUCUAUUGUACAAAUGCCCCCCAAGCAGCGUAUGCAAGGACUCCCCCUGCACUUUUUUGUACAGUUAGGAACCGGGGAGUAUCUAUCCGGACGGACUCCGUGCCCGCUGCAGCAGCUUUGUUCCCUCGGCCCUCGAUCGGAACAACCAGCUCCGAGGUGCGGUCGUGUAGCGAAGAACAACUCCAUAACCUACGGGCAAGGAUCGGGAGGCUUUUUUAACUUCAGUGCAAGAGAGACGACGGAUUUUAACGGUCAUAUUAAGAAGUGUUGUAGACGGGUUCGAGUUUUGAGGAUUGAAGCAGCUGAAAGAGCAACACAAAGAGUCGAGUUCCAUGGAGCAAGCGGAAAAAGUGGCUGGAAAGUGCAACUGAAGUCAUGAAGAGGUUUGGGGAUACAAAAAGGGGGAAAGAAGAAACCAGUCUUGCCAGCAGAGUCAACCACCCAACCACAAGCCAAGCUGAAAAAGUUUCGGUAACCAAUCAGAGUUUGCAGUUGUUAUAGCCAAUCAGAGGCCUUGCUCCAAUAGCCAAUUAGAUCAAUGUGUAGAUUGACCAAUGACAGCACUAGAUUCCACACGUGCACUAGCCAAUCAAAUUUCACUUUACUGUCAAGGAGGUCAAAGUUCAGAUUCUUUCCCGUGAGGACCGAUGAUAAAUGCAAUGCAGUACCCGUUGCCAUGGCGAUGGUUUCCAUGGUAACAGCCGGUCGCAAUAUGUCACAAGCAGGGUCAGUUUUAGGAUGCGCAGGCGACGAUGCAGUGUAUUGUGGGAAGUUUGUAAUUUAAAAUUUUGGACGAACGAAGCAAAACUUUAGGGAACAUAGUCUGUGUUAUAUUGUUGGUACUCACUACAAGAUGAUGAUGUCCAAAGCCAUAUGUACAGAAAAGCUAACUGUAACAUGAAUUCACGUGCCAUGACACUAUGUGUAGACGUCACACUCAGCCCAGAAGUCCAAUGUGAUCCUACGUGCCAUAUGUAAUGCCCCCCUCCCCCCUCGUGUCUACCACUGUGGCCAAAAGCAAAGGAGUCGGGGAAACGCCAUGAUUGUCCCAUGUUUGCUACAGAGUAGGUGUUUCAGCACUUCUUCAGUUUCUCUUAAAACUAGAACCUCCUUCAGCUGUAUAAGGAUCCAUUACAGUCUCAGAUGACAUCAGUAUUGUUGUGUAGUACAUUUAGAGAAGUUAAGAAGGACCAGUUGGUGUAAUUUUUGUCCUCAACCUCAUUUCGUUUUUGUAAGACUGUACCUGGUUUAGAUGCAUAAACUUUAGUGACAUACAUAGAUCCAUACAUAUGUCAACCACAAAAAGUAGAAUUGCAGUCUUUGUCAAUUUUCAUUACUUGGUUCUGAAUUUUGUACUGUGGAACAUGAGAAUAGCACGCUAAGAUACUCAGCUAACUCUAGCAUUCUUAACCAGAGUUACUCAAAUCAUACUUGGUCUAGUAUUAACCUUCUUCUGUUUUCAACAUGCUGAAUUAUCAUGAAGAAAAGGUUUGCAUGUUGGAUAUGUUGUAAGUUGGAACAGGUUUGAUGAGAAUGAGCAUUCGGAGCUGAGAGGUGGAUGGUGUUUUAAUGGUAUUGAUGGCAAUGAUGGAUGGUGUUUAACCUUUAACACACCAAGAUAGCCGUUACAAUACCGAUUCUCUAAAGGUUACAGAGUUAGGUAGCAGGCAGAAGGUUAACCUGAGUCUAUACCCAGUUGCACAAUGGCGUAAUGCUCUGCCCCUACCAAAACUAAGCAAAUUGAUAAUCAUUAAUGUUCUUCACUUUGUUAAAUGUAGAUUGUUAAUGUAACUGAGAGAAGUAGUUUUAAUUAUGUUAACUUUCAUAAUUUCACUGGGUACCAUAAAAAUGAAAUAUUAAAAGAGCUACUAUUAAUUACAAUUUAGAUAAUUAUUCAGGUGUCUAAGACACUGAGAAGGCUAGAACAACACUGUUGUUUCCAAUGUUGCGGUCCUAUGGUACCCAGUGGAAUUAUGACAGUUUGUGGAUUGAAUUUUGUAAAUGGACUGAAAUGAGAAUCUACCCUGGCAGCGUAUGCUCGGAUAACUUCAGAUUUGAUAGAUAAACGGGAGAUAGCUACAUGCUGGUACAUUUGGUUAAGAUUCUGUCAUAUGUUUUUGUACUAAAUUGUCCUUUACGUAUUGGCCCACCAUGAGCUUGGGUAUGUGUAUACAGGCCUGUUUUUAAAGUUUGUUAGUGCAAUGUUGAAGUUUUAUUGCGUGGUUUUGCACCAUAACAGUCCUAUUUUUGUACUAUUACUGAAUGUAUCGUUCAGUUUGUUCGACAUGGAAAGAACACUGUAUAAAAGUACAAUAGUUAAUGUCUAGCUAUACAAAAGGAAAAGAAUUCGUAAUAUAUAUGAAUAGAUAUUGAUACGUGUUACGUGUUUAGAGUUUUGCAUAUCUCUCACAGAUGACUUUACAGUAAGUUGUAUCAAACUGGAUGCAUAAAAGGCAGACAAAAGAUAUAAAUAAAUGUAAAAAUCAAAACGAAGAAGGCUGGAAUACCUGUUGUGUAUAUGAGAUGAUCACAUUAUGUGUUACACUAUCUUAUUAUAAGCCUUACCUGCCAUUUUCAACAGUGGAAAAGACUGUAGUUGGAGUUAAUUACUAUAGCAUUGCCAAGUGUACAGUUGUUAUAACAGAUGUUAUAAGUUGUUAUUAAUUAAGAACCAUGUAACAUUUCCUGAUUGUAAAUAGGAGAGACUCUACCGAGGUUUGGCAAAACACCAGGCCUUCUGCACCGCCUGUACCCAUGUCAUCACCAGAACUCUGCAACUGCGGAAGUGCGAAUUGUCCAUUUAUCAACUAAAUUCAUUUUUACCUCGCAUUGAAGCACAGUUUCUGUUUUUUAUAUUUUUUUUUUACAAAUUUAAGCUUUCAUGAACGAUUUGAAUCUAUCAUCCAUGGUUCACACAUACGUUAUUUCAAAAUUUUAAAUCAACCAAUGAAGAACAACACAGAAUCCGUAUUAACCAAUCAGAAUAAAGCUUUCCUUAUACGGCUUGAUAUCUCACCAAUGACAGGCCACACCACUGACUGUCGACCAAUCAGAAGGCAGGUGCCCUGGUAUUUCUCCAUCCCUACCUUUAUUUGUGUACAGCACAUUAGUUAAACUGAAUCAGUGCGGGUUGAAUACUAGUAUACACUUUAAGGUUGUGCCAAUGCUUCACACCAAUGAUAGGUUGGAUCAACGUAAUGUCAAGAUCAUUAGGACGCCGUCCAAAUGUUUUAAUUUGGUGGACUGAAAGUUUUAGUUCGUGUUGAAACUGUGGCAAGAUGCCCAAUCUUGGCUUUCUCUAAGAAUUACAAAUGUUUUACAAAGUGAAAAGUACUACAUGUACGUUAUUGCCCCACAGAUGAAAUGUCAGUGUUGUCUUCAUUCCAGGAUGUUGCAAGUGAGUAGAGUUAUUUAGUUGCAUAUCUACAAGGUUUUUAUCUGUAACGAUUGUGUUGUGUUAUAUUCAUUAUUUGUAUUUUUUAUUUAGUACGGGCCCAAUUCUUGGCGGAGUCUUCAUGUAAGCCAUCACAAAAUGCAAUACCAAUAGUCUGGAAUGUUAUUAUACAUUGGCUAACUUCAAUGCUUUCAUUUCAUUGGCCAAAUCUAAUGCUGUCAUUUCAUUGGCUAACUGGAAUGCAGCCGUUCAUUGGCUGACAGCGCCGUGAUGCUUGUUGGGCGAUUCCAUUUGAUGAAGUUCAGGGGAGACCUUGUUGUGGAAAGAAAAUAAUCUUGCGCCCAGCAAUGUGGAGUACUCUUAUAGGAUAAAAACAAGAGAAACAUGAAUAAAAAUAACUCCAGACUUGGAAUGCUUUUUUUUCUCUGAACUUCAUGACUGGAACUGCCCAUGUACGUUUAGUGCUGCUACAACCGUGCGAAUAUUUGUUUUUAACCAAGGAAUAUCUACAAAGCAUCAUGUGGGAUCGGUUUGGAGGGAAUGGCUACCAUGUUUAUAUCAUUAGAAGGAUAGUUAUAGCAUGCUGACAUAUGAACGUUAACCUGUUUUGAAGAUGUCAACAUUUUAAGUGUAUAGUUUUAAGUUUGGAAAAAGUGGAAAGUACAGGGAUAGUAGAAAAUCUAGUCAUGGUUGUACAAUCCGGCUACUCUGAAUGGUAUCAUGGUUACCAUCACCAACUAAUUCCAAUGUGAAUACAAUGUUUAUCUGAAGUUAUGCCGUAAGGUAUAACAUCCAUAAGUUACCUUUAUCUAACAUGUCAUUUUUAGGAAACAUUAUUAGGUAAACGUACAAAGAAAAUCUGUUAAAAUUGCAACACCAUUACAUUUGAGCGUAUAGGUACCAUGAUUUUACAUGUAUAUUAUGUGGUAUACUAUUUGCCAAAACACCCACGUUACAGAUGCACUGUUCCUGAUUUUAAGGAAUGAUAUUGAGUGUGAGGUUAUAUCCAGUUCUACCGUGUAGUGUUCCAAACAGCCCAUGUCGGCUGUUGUUUUUCAGGGUCUUUCCCGUUUUUUUUUAAUUUCCGUGCAGGUUUCCCACUGCAUGAAAAGUUGGAUUUAACAAUAGUAGUAAAUGCAUAUGCCUGCUAAGUCGGUUAAUGUUUAAUCCAGUAUUAACUUAAUUAACUUAAUUGAGGGGUACGAUGUAUAUGCGUACAUGUAUUUCAGCCAUGUUGAUUGAAAUGAAUAAAGAUUGAAUGAUAGAAACAGUACCGAACGUAACUAUGGUAGUAAAUAAAUCAUUUCGUUUACUAUCAUUAUAAGAUAAUUAUUGUAAAGUUCGGUAUGAAGUAAGCAUUACCCGACUUUUAUUGGUAAAUCCAGCUUUUCAUCCUGUGUCCUUGUUUUUUUUUUUUAAAUCCAUGGUGCAAUAGUCGCUUCAAACUGUGGAAAUAGUCCCUUCACCAUUUACUCCGCGUAGCCAAUCCCGACAGAAAGCACUGAGAGAAGCAUCUGGCUCCUCUGAGAGGAUCCAACCCGUUACAGAGUUCUAUGUUACUAGGUAUAGAUAUAUCUAUAUAAAUAUAUAAUAUAGCGACUGAGCUGCUUUGGUAUAGAAUCCCUUCGGUUCAGUUUGUGAGGUUUUUCUAACUGUUUGCGUUCCAGGCUGAACAUAUCUGACGUGUAUUGCCGCUUGUAGAGGUAGACUAUAUUCUGUAAAGUCAUCACGUUUGGGAAAAAAUGUGAUCACCCCCCCCCCUCAUGGAAGCAGGGAUGGAAUCGCCCUGGCACAUGUACCAAAACUUUGGAAAUAAACUUCCGUC